AUGCUGGCUCGGUCCUUCGCCGCCAUCUCCAAGCGCACGUCGGUCGCGCGCCGCUGCUUCUCGGCCGAGGGCGGUCCGUACGAGCACCGCGCCGUGUCGGCCGAGACCCUCGCGACGCUCAAGGAGCUCUUUGGCGACCGCGUCUCGACCGCUGCCUCGGUGCGCGAGCACCACGGCACGGACGAGUCGUACCACGCGCCGUGCCCGCCUGACGUUGUCGUCUACGCCGACAGCACGGAAGAGGUCUCGACGAUUCUCAAGCUCUGCUCGGCGACCAAGACGCCGCUCAUCCCGUUUGGCGCUGGCUCCUGCCGCGUCCAGUGCGGCGUCACGCGCCUCCAGCUCGAGUCGGAGCUCCGCGCGACGGGUCUCUUCUUCCCCGUGGACCCCGGUGCCGAUGCGACGCUCGGUGGCAUGGUCGCCACCAACGCGUCGGGCACGACGACGGUUCGCUACGGCAACAUGAAGUCGAACGUCCUCGGGCUCACGGCGGUCAUGGCCGACGGUCGCAUCAUCCGCACCGGUUCCAAGGCGCGCAAAUCGUCGGCGGGCUAUGACCUCACGCGCCUCUUGAUUGGCUCGGAAGGGACGCUUGCGGUCGUGACCGAAGUCGAGCUGCGUCUCCAGGGCGUGCCCGAAGCGCAGAAGAUUGCAGUCUGCAGCUUCCCGACGAUCCAGGACGCAGUCGACACGUGCACCGUCAUCAUGCAGAUGGGCAUUCCGGUGUCGCGCAUGGAACUCAUGGACCACAAGGCGAUCGAGGCCACCAACAAGUACUCGAAACUCAACAACAUUGUGUCGCCGUGCCUCGUGAUUGAGCUCAACGGGACGCCGGAAGAGAUUGAGCACCAUACGGGCACGGUGCAGGCGCUCGCAGAAGACUACUCGGUGCAGCGCAUGAGCUGGGCCGCGUCCGAGGAAGACCGCAAGGAGCUCCUCAAGGCCCGCCACUCGGCGUGGUAUGCGACCAUGAACUUGGUGCCGGGCAGUCGCGCGCUCUCGACCGACGUGUGCGUGCCGCUGAGCAACCUCACGCAGGUGAUCGUCGACACGCAGGCCGACUUGGAGGCCUCGGGGCUUGUUGGCACGAUCGUUGGCCACGUCGGCGACGGCAACUUUCACGUGAUGCUGCCCUUCUUGCACGAAGACGAACCCAAGGUGCGCGAGUUCAGCGACCGGUUGGUCGAGCGGGCGCUGGCGGCCGAAGGCACGUGCACGGGCGAGCACGGCAUCGGGUCGGGCAAGAUCAAGUACCUCCGCAUGGAGCACGGCGACAGCGUCGAUGUGAUGCAGACCAUCAAGCACGCGCUCGACCCGCACAACAUUCUCAACCCGAGCAAGCUGUUUUAA